AUGGGGUUUGACAUCCACCGUUUUCAGGGCGUUGUCGACGAAGAACUUAUAUGCUCCAUCUGUCAGAGCGUAUUAGAAGAUCCCGUUCAAAUUCAACAGUGCGAACACAGUUACUGCAAUGACUGUAUACGAGAAUGGCUGAAGAGAAAGCGCACUUGUCCUCAGGACUGCAAGGAAGUGUCCGAAAAAGACUUAUUGCCGGCUUCUAGGCUUCUUCGCAACCUUCUUGGUCGAAUGAUAAUAACUUGCGACUUUGUUGACGAGGGAUGUUCGGAGCUAGUGAGUUUGGAUGCUUUGCAGAGUCACGUCAGUACUUGUGUUUAUAAUGCACGACGACUUCAACCGUGUGAUCAAGGAUGCGGAGAGAUUAUUGCAAAGAACGAGGUGGUACACCAUAACUGUGUUAAGAAUCUACGUCAGAGGGUGAAUGUCCUUGAAGAUCAAGUUCGAGAACAGAAGAUAGAAUUAAGCGAGCAGAAAAACAAGACAGCGAGAUUCUGGGUGGAGCUUGAAUUAUUACAAGCGACAGUGAAACAACUACAAGUUGCAGUCGGUGACACUGGACCUGUAAACAUAGACAGAGACAGAGAAAUUAUUGGGUGGGUUGAUACGUUGGCUGAGGCAACUGUUCGUGACUGGGGAGGUAUUGUCUCUACGCCAUUGAGGCAAACGCUAGAGCCAUACAAACAGCUGCUGUUAGAGUGUAAUUGCCCUGAGUGGCUUGCUGAAGAACUUGUUGCUCAUGGUCAUGAAAGUCAGUGGCCCACCAUGAUGAGAUCACUUAGUGUAAGAAAUGAGAAUAGAGCAACAUAUUCACGUUUCAAGACGAGAAGAGUUCCUGAUAGACAGGCAGUACUCAUAAUGCAGUUUGAAAACAGUCACAUGGACUUGCAAUUGAUUCAAAGUCCUGGCAUUCUUGUUCUUUUGUCACACGGUGUAGAGUGAUAUGAUCGUGUAAUUUUUGUUUAUGAUUUGAUAGUUUAAUUAUAUUGAGUUGCAUGUCAGCAAUCAAUAAAUUGCAGUUAACAAUAUUUAUCCUAGAUUUAUAUUUGCAUAUUGAACAAACUCUGAUUCAGAGAAUAACUUUGUAAACGCUGGAUUUGAAAGUUCUGAUACACUGUGAUGGUAGAA